CAAAAUCGCAGCGUUCUUUGAUAAGAUAACAGAAAAUCCUCGAAACACUCGACAAAUCGGAGAGCUUAAACCCAAAGAGCCUAUGGCGGCAGCAGAUCGAACCUCGCCCAGUCAUAAAAUGUGAUCGAACUGCGGCGGCAGGCAGCAGGAACGCAGUAUUGCCAAGCUUUCAGUUGGAGCACCGCACAUCCGCGCAGGAAAAUGGGCGACUGCGAGCUGAUUUGGCCGGAGAUCGGAGUGGAUCCGCAGCAUGUGUGCGAGGCGGGCGGCGAGGGGCGAUUCCAGGUGAUCUGCGACAAGGCGUGGCUGCAAUCGCUCGAGCGGAACAGGCGGCUGACUCACUUUCCCAGUUGGCCUUCGCUGGAUCGAAGGGCUUAUCCCACUGGCCAGUUGGAGCAUCCGUGGACGCGGAUUCUGGUGCAGACCUAUCGCAAGCAGCCGCAGUCGCGGGUUUACCCGCUGCCCAGAAUCGCCGGCGAAGGAGCCGCAUCGGACUUACCCCUCUCCUAUUCGCAGGCCGUUUCCUUUGUGGCCCACACGAAUUUCAAGCAGCUGUGGGAGGAGGCCUACAGGAAGUACAAUGGAGCCCAUGUCAAGCUGUGCAGGUCUACUUCCUCUGCGCCGUCGAGUAAGCCAUCCGCUCAGGGUCAGUAUCAGCUCCAGCCGCAUGAUCUUGUGCUCAAGGAGCUCAUCCAGCGGGUCUAUCAAUGCCCCGUGCUGCAUUCUCAACUGGAUCGUGAGGGAAAUGGUGAAUCUACCACCUCGAGUUCCACCUUCGGCCAGUGUCAUGCCAACGUCUUGCCCGCCCUGGUGGCCAUCGAGUCGUCCACUCACUUCAGCGUCUUCUUUUAUCCACCGGCCUUGGAAUGCAGCCUGUACGAUUGCAUCACCUUCAGUCCGGCUUUGUUGGGCAGGAAUUACAACAAGACACUGUUUGUGAUCUACCAAAUCCUGCAACUAGCCAAGCAUCUCCAGGGACAGGGCCUUUUCCUGGGCGAUUUGCGACUGCAGCACAUUGUGCUGCGCGAGAAUCUUUGGCUGCAGGUGCUACCGCGACUGCAGUGCAAUCUACUUGAGGAUAAUCCAGCGGGCGAGGACAUGUCCCCACUGACUCCGAUGGCCAGUGAAGAUCUAGGAGAGACGAGGGAACAGCAGCAGCAGCAGGUUUUGCCCUCCAGCAGCACCAUGUUUGACCUGCGAUUCGCCUACGAUCCCGCCCACUUUAAUCUGCGCGAGUAUGCCGAAAUGUGGUGCAAUGGUCAGUUGUCCAACUUCGAUUACCUCACCAUACUGAACAAUGCGUGCGGAAGAAGUCUGUCGAAUGCCGCCCAUCACCACAUCAUGCCCUGGGUGACUGACUUCAAUGGACGCGGAGGAGCCACAUGGCGGGAUCUAACCAAGAGCAAGUAUCGCCUGAACAAGGGCGAUGUCCAUCUGGAUCUCAUGUAUUCCCAUGCCAGCCAGCCUGGAAACGCGGACGCCAGUUAUGCAGCUGUGGGCGAUCAGGCGCCGCAUCACGUAUCCGAUUUUCUCUCCGAGAUCACCUACUUUGUGUACAUGGCGAGGCGAACGCCCCAGGCCAUCCUCUGCGCCCAUGUGCGUCCCAUCUGGGUGCCCGCCGAGUAUCCGGUGUCCAUUCAACGGCUCCAGGAAUGGACACCCGACGAGUGCAUCCCUGAGUUCUACUCCGAUCCGAUGAUCUUCAAGAGCAUCCACGAAGAUCUGCCGGAUCUCGAGCUACCAGCCUGGGCCACCUGUCCAGAGGACUUCAUUUGCAAGCACCGCGAGGCGCUGGAGUCGCAGUACGUAAGCGAGCGGCUGCACCAUUGGAUCGAUCUCAAUUUUGGCUACAAACUGAGUGGCAAGGCGGCGGUUAAAUCGAAGAAUGUCUGCCUUACGCUGGUGGAUCAGCACAGGAAUCUCAGCCAGCGCGGCAUUGUGCAACUCUUUGCCAACGCUCAUCCACCGCGUCGAUAUGCCACGCCGUGGUUUAGUAAAACCGCCCCCAGGCUAAGCCAAAUAUACGCGAAUCCUGCGAAGCGACUGGCUAAGAGUUCGGAAAACCUGCAAGCUGACAGUGGAUCAUCUCAUCUCUCCUUGCGUCUUGGGGAUGAAGGAUCGAGUGGCUCUGUUCACAGCAGUUCCGCAUCUGCUUCAGCUUCGAAUUUCUAUGCAAUUACCAACUUUAUUGAGCUGCCGGAUAACUAUAAUCCCGCCUUGUUGCUACACAAUCUGGAGACCCUUGAAUCGUUCUACGCCCGCACAUUCCCACAACAGCGACCGUCGGUUAAUCCCGAGGAAAAAAUGAUCAGCAGUGAUCUUCUUUUUGAGCAGAACUCUGCGGAGCACUCCUUCACCAAUCAACUUUUUGCCAGCGCUGAAGAAAUUCCCACAAAGUCAAAGAAUCUCUUGAGAGAGAAGAGGAAUUGCCUGCAGCAUCUGGUGAAUGCCACAAGGGAGCGGGAUUUGCAAGUCCUAGGAUGUCUCAUAGUAGAGCUCUUCGCCAUGCAACGUUUGCGCCCGCUUCUGAUGGGAAACGGCUUGAGUGCCACGUUUGAGGCUCGACUCUCCGCCUGCCGAACGGUGGCCGAGGUGCAUCGUCAGGAGCUGCCCAAACCAGUGCGUCGAGUGGUGCGCCUGCUGCUGCAAUUAGAGGGCACCGGAGAAGAGGAUCUAGGCCUGCCGCAACCGCCCAAUCCCGCUCAGCUGGUAGAGCCCAUGUUCGCCAAUCUGUUGCUGCCAUUCCCCAGCCAUUAUAUGGCUGUAUAUGCCCUCGUCCGAUCUCUACAUGCUUUUGAGGCUAAUGCAGUGCUACUGGAGCUGCACACCCACUUCAGCUGCAAGGGAGGCAGGGAGUGCGCCAGGUACACAGAGAUGGAUCGGCAGAGAGUGCUCUUCGACCGAAAGAUUGCCGAAUGUAAGGUCAUGUCUUGCUGUGCUCAUGCAAAGAGACUGCUGGAACCCAUGGCUUUUGCUUAUGAACAAUUUACCCCAGUUGAGUUGCUGCUACCGCAUAUAAUUGAUCUCCUGAGAGACGAGCGCACCUCGAUUUUGACCGCCUGGAAUUUGUUUGAUCCCAUUGCUCAGGCUUUGGGGGUAACGCAAACCCAACAGCAUUUGCUUCAACCACUGCUCAAGUUAUAUGAUGUGGAGGGGGUUAGUUCGCCGGAGGAAGGUGGUUCCAACAACAGUGGUGGCCAUUUACGCUUCUCCGCCAGCAGUUCGUUCAAGUCGCGCAAGUCGGUGAAGCUCUAUCACCACAGCUUUCUGCUCCGCCUGAUUGUGCGCUUCGGACUGCGCUGUUUUCUUCAUCACUUUAUAGCUCCCCUUAUCGAGGCAGUUGGUGGCUACAAGGAACCGGAGCAGGGAAAUGGCUAUCACUAUCACAGUGGCGGCAGCCGGAGGACGAGCAAGAAUCUCAACUUUGCCUCGGAGGAGGAGGAGCAAGCAGCUGAACCGGAAACCAAACCCGACAUCGAGGAGCUGUUCACAUUCGAGGACGAUCACGACAGGGCGUCCACCCAGGACAGCAAGUCCAUUGACUCCUUUGACAUGCGACCCAGCCAGAGUGCAGCCAGUGCGGAGGAAGCCCGAGAAUCGGAUGGUUCGCCGGAUAAGCUGGUGAUCAAUGAACUCAUAUAUGGAGCCAGAAUAUCGCCGGAUAAGCUGUCUUUGCGGGAGGGUCAAACGCCGCCCGCUUUGGUUACACCCAAUAUAGGUCCCCGCUCGCCCACCAUCGAGAUUCCCAUGUGCCCAACUGCCGGUGGCAUUCGUCGCAGCUUCCAGCUGAGCGCCAUCGACUGCGAUAUUGGCUCGCGGAAGAGUGUGGACAGCUUUGAGUUGAUCAACCAGGCAGUUGAGCAGCUACCUCCUCCGGCAGUGGAAACGGAGGAAGCGGAGGCCUCGGACUCUCUGCAGGCAUCGGUCAUCUCACGGCUGUCGGAGGCCAAGGCCGUGCAGAAUAACCGCAUCAGCGAGAUGAGUGCCGAGAGUCUCGUGUGGCUGUCGCAUCGACUGGGUCCGGUGCUCACCUCUCGUUUUAUCACGAGGAACCUUUUGAAACUCCUAUCGCUCUGUUAUGUGGGCCAGGAGAACCUCCUGCCGGAGGUGGACGAUGGUGGCUUCGGUUCCAGUCCCGAUGCGGCCAACCUCAACUACUUUAGCAUUGCCAAUGCAAGAGUCGUGGGCGAUCGGAGUGCGGCAAGGGUUCUGGAGUGUCUGAUGUCCAUAGCGGCUCUCUAUGGCGAGAACUUUCUUCUGCUGCAGUACUUCCCCCACAUCAGCGAACUCAUUGGUCUGUGCUCCAAACGAAUCACUGGCAGUUUAGAGGGAGCCAUAAUCAGUUCUCUGCAGCUGCUUAAGUACAUGGUUCCCUGUCUAACCGAUGCCAGCAUCAUGGAGCAUCUUCAGCACAUACUCCUGGACGCCAUCCUGUUGCCCAUUUUGCGCCUGCUGAGCUCCACGAAUCUUCUGAUGCCCAGCGGUUAUUUGGGGCGCUCGCUGUUGGCUCGCAAGUUUCUGGAUGCAAUUUAUGCCUUGAGUGUUCGCCUGGGAUCGGAUAUGACGCGGGAGCACCUCUGCCAGUCGCUCCUCAGUCCCUUUUUCUUGAUCUUUAACAAGGCCUUUGGAUUGCCCAAUGACUUUGCCUGCGAUCUGGCUAAUCUUUCGCUGGCUGGCGGUGCAUCGCAGCAGGAACGCGCUUUGGAGGAGUUGAGGGAUGUCUUUGGACCGGAGCUGGCGCAUACCGCCUACCUUACUUUCCUGCGAUUCCUGGGCGAGGCCAAUAUGAAAAGGACCCUGGGAAACCUGGAAUUUGUGCUGACCCUGUGCCACGAACACGAGCAGCCCAGUGAAAGUGGAAAGAGCAAAACUCAAUUGUCAGCGAGUGUGAGUUCCGGACAAGAUGUAGACUCUGUGGAUGCCACUUGCGAACUGGCGGCCAAUAGCUUCGGCACCCAGAUCGUGGGAAAUCGCCUGCAAGUGGCCAGAAGCAAUGUUGAACUGCUCGAUAUGGUGGCCUAUAAACUGGAUCAGAUGCCCAAAACGCGGCACUUGAAAGGCAACUGGUUGGCCUACUGGCGCAAUGAAACGACGCGCAGUGAAAAGGAUAAUCAGACUCUAAAUCUGAAGCAAAUUCGGCUGCAGUCCUUUGUGGGUCACACGAACUCCGUGAGAGCUAUUUAUGCUUUGGAUAAUGAGAACAGCUUCAUUUCCGCCUCGAAGGAUAAGACGGUCAAGCUGUGGUCGCUGCGCAGCGAAGGAGAUGGUCGCAAAACGACCGCCUGUCAGUUUACUUAUACGGCUCAUAAAAAGUCCAUAAACUCGCUUGGCUUCCUGGAAUCCUUGCGUUAUGUGGUCUCCUGUGAUUCCGGCAUUCAUCUGUGGGAUCCGUUUAUCGGAAGGCCUCUUGGCAUACUAGAUGCUCCUCGUCACAGUGCUGUGACGGUGGUCAAAUGUCUGCCCUCCCAUUCCCCACUGGUAAUUGCGGGUACAGCAGAGUCCACUGUCAAAAUGAUCGAUGCCAGGAGUUUUGAGUACGUCAAUGAGUGGCGGGUAUGCAAUGCUACGUUGCCCAAUGCCACUGUCCGUUGUCUGGCGGUCGCUCCAUCAGGGAAUUGGCUGGCCGCAGGACUCUCGUCUGGGUGCAUUGUCCAGCUGGACACGCGCACCGGAAUGGUGAUCAAUUCGUGGCGACCCAUGGAGUGUGAUCUGCUGCAGCUAGCGGCCCCAAGUGAUCAGUUCCUGGUGAGCUCCGCUUUGGAUCACAGCCUGGCCGUUUGGCACGCUCUAGAUGGAAUCAUGCACUACCAGCUCAAACCUCCUCCAGAACCCGCCCAUUUCCUGCAGAGCGUUGGCUCUUCGUUGGUCUAUGCAACUACUGGAAACCGUGUGGGCGUCUAUGCGGAUGUGGCCCAUUCGCACGCCUUCAGCACGAUCACCAAACUCCGCUCGGAGACAUUCCGCGGUGUGCUCACCUCCCUGGCUGUGUUGCCCUUGAAUCGAGCCUUCCUCGCUGGCAACGAGAGCGGAAACAUAGCCCUGCUUUGUUAGAAUGUCAGGGCUAAUGUCUAUACCAUAAUUUGAUAUUAUAUUCUAGUUUAUUUUAUAUCCAACGGCACCAAAUAUUAUUUUAAAGCAGCUAACACAGAUUGGACGUCGCUAGGAAGCCUUUCCCGCCUAACCCAAUGAAUUUAAAUGCUACAUAUUUAUUUACAAUCGCACAACUAGCCCCGUCGGACAGUGGAACAUCCAUAGCGACGUUCUUGGAGCAUACAGAAAUUAGUAAUACUCGAUGCGAUAAUUAUACAAUGUAAAAGCAUUCCAGAUCCACUAUUCAUGUAUAUUUAUAUUUAUGUCUGUACAUUAGAAGACAAAUUUGUAUUUACAAGUAACUACUUAAGCUGGAAAGAGGUAAAAUAUUUAUAUAGAAAUAUACGAACAAAAUA